UCCACUAUUCCUCACUAGACCAAAAGUAGAUGUGUGUAUGGUCCCAUUGAAUUCUUCACUUUUAAUUUGAGCUCAUCCCUUCAUCAUUCUGUUUCUCUGUACUGUGUCAGAUUUAGAACUUCAGCUAUUGCACUUGCCUUGCAUUGCACAUUUUAGAAUUAGUAGGGAGGGGCCUAAUCUAAUGUAUCUACCGUCUGUGCAGUUUACAUUAAAUCUUUCUUUAUGACAGGAUAAAUACCAUUUCAAAAGUGUCUAGAGUGAUUUGAUGUAACGUAAACAAUUAAAUAUUUCCAAAGAUGACAAAAAUCUCGCAUAUCAUCAACAUAAAGUGUACUUGAUGUGUAAGAUUUGAAGGACCACAAGCCCAAUAAGAAUGGCUGCAAUGAUUUUGCAAACUCUAGUUUUCGUAUCUCUUCUGAUAUCUAUGUCAAGCUCUUCUCAUCAUGAAGAAGAUUUUGCUUUUGACCAAGAUGUCAUUCCUCAAAGUGAGAUUGCAAGGUUGAGCAGUCGAACACCUCUGCGACGCCAGUUUGGCAUCCCUGAUGCCAUGGCAUAUCUGGGACGAUUGUUCUUCUUCAAGAUUCCUCUAGAUGCUUUUUCUGGAACUCUCAGUCACUAUAAGGUAUCCGGAAUGCCAAGCUGGAUGAUCUUCAAUGAAGGUGAAGGUCUUUUCGAAGGUGUGCCUGGUGAUAAGGAUGUCGGUGAAACGUACAUCACUGUAAUCGCUAUUGGUCCAACAGCUGAGGACUCUGUCAAGGAUAUAUUUGUUGUUGAGGUCUCUCCCGAUCCGCGAGAAUACAGUUCAGACAUCAAAGAAAGGUGUAAAUCGGGCCAGGAUGCUACAACAAUCACUGUCAUUAUGGAUAAAGAUUUCUACAGUAUUAAACCGUCUGACAAAAUAUUGGCGAUUAAGAACUUGGCUGGUUUUUUGAGCUUGAAUUAUGAGAAGUUUAGUCUCCUACCACAAAACAGUGAAGACGAUAUUCUUUCAGAAAAUGUUAUCAAUGCUGGCCCUGGAAACGUUAAAAAGAAGUCCUCUUUAACUUCAACCAGUCUGCAAUGGCAGGUCGGUUGUGGUGGUAGUGUAUGGUCGAUGCAUGGAAUCACCCAUGUCAAGCAAAUUGCCAAAGAUGGAACAUUGGCGGAGGUUAUUCAGUUACCUGUUAUUGGCUGGCAUCUGGCAACAUCGCCUUUUCCAUUCCGAGCUAGACGAGAGCUAGUCGGCUCCGGAGAAGGAGAAGAGAGAGAAGUCAAAGAAGACGAGACGGAGAACGCUGAGGAUGACGAUGAGGAGGAAGAGCCGGAGAAACGAGUAACGGUUCCGAUGCGUUCGCCCACGCCUGUGCUCCCCGCGCACAUGAAGACAAGCAGUGCACCCGACGCGCACCACCCGCUCAGGCAUGCGCAUGCGCACAACCAUCAUCAUGACAACGAAGAGGGGGCAGACGAGGAGGGCGAUGAAGGCCUCUCUGGCAAACUUCAACUCAACACCACUUCCGGCGAUCCUGUUGUCUCGCUCAACAUUCUGCCCACUCCAACACUUGUUCCUGAACGACCUGCACCAAAAGCAACCGAAUAUCCUAGCUAUUCUAGUCAAAUAACACCUGAUCAAGUGACACGAUUCUACACAACUGAAACAUCAGCCGUACCUGACUCUUUUACCCUCUCCCCGGAAUACACUGAUGGAGAGACAGAACCUCUGGGAGAAAAUGAGUUGCAAACGUCGACCACAUACACAAUGGACAACUCGUCGACCACUGUAACCCCGUUCCUGUCCAACACACCGACUGAUGUCACCAAAGCAAUCGACUACACUAAAGAAACUGACGUCGAGGACCCAAAGAAUUUCCCUCCACGAAUCUCCGAAAGACUGCCGCAGCUGGCUGUAACUGCUGGAAAACUACUUAUGCAUGUAAUACCUGACAACACAUUCAGCGAUUUGGAAGAUGGAAAUACAAAAAAACUGACAAUCGAUUUUCUCACAAAUGAGAAAACGCAUCUCGAACGAUCGUCGUGGAUACAAUUCAACCCAAAGUCACUCAUUAUUUACGCACUGCCUUUGGAAGAGCACGUUUCAAAAUGGUAUUUCACGAUAAAAGCUACCGACUCGGAAGGUGAAUCAGUGACUGAUGAAGUGGUUGUUGCCGUGCAAAACCACAGGCAGCAGCGCACCAUAACUCACGAAAUCACCAUUCAUUUCCAGCCAUGGCUGGAUAAUGUCGAACAAAUGCUGCCAUUGGAUGUACACUUACUGAUACUCAAUCGCCUAGUCAAAGUGUACAAUAACACAGACAGUUCUCAUAUAACUGUUCUAUCGAUGAACGCUACCUCAUUCUCUUGGACCAACGACUCUCUCUCGCGCAUUUCUCCCUGUCCUAGGCAAGAGAUACAAAAUCUAAUCAAUGUACUGAGCGAAGGUGAAGACAAGCCGCGAUCUGUGGUGAAGUCGACAUUCCUGCCUGAACUGGAUGUACUGCGUGUGACGUGGGAGGGGCGUGGCCAGUGUCAACGCACCGACAAGGGGGUGGGGGUGCCCGAGCCCCCUCCACAGACCGUCAACUUUCCUCCCACUCGUCGCAACUCCAUCGACCUGCUCAAUGCAACGGUCGGCGAGCUGCUUGUGUACACUGUGCCAGGCGAUUCUUACUACGACCAUGAAGAUGGCAGUGUCAGAAACUUGAAAUUGACUCUAUUGACAAUGAAUAGAUCUGCAAUUCCUUUCUCUCACUGGCUGCAGUUCGAUGUGAAGAAUCAAGAGUUCUACGGAAUACCGAAUCCAAAUGAUACAGGACGAACUCAAUAUCAAUUGGUUUGCGAAGACAGUGGUGGCUUAUCGUUCAAUGAUGGUCUGAUAGUGGAAGUGCAUCCGGCAAGAAAGAUCUUGUACAACGUUGAGUUCAGCAUGACGCUGGGCAUCCACUACGACAACUUUGUGAUGAACCCGGCCAGUCAGCGCCAUUUCUUCGAGAAGUUGGCCGAGCUGUUCGGCGACAAAGACACGUCGGCGAUUGUGCGCAGUGGCAUGUCCCCGGGAUCAACCAUCAUCACCUGGCACAACAGGACUCUGCCCACCAACACCUGUCCCAACGAUCAGAUCAAGGUUUUGCGCCAGGUGUUGCUGGGAGAUGACGAGAGAGUGUCGAUGCGAGCGAAGACAAUAAUGGGUCCGGAACUGAACGUGGUCACCGCGUCGCUGACGCCGACACGCCUGUGCGAGGGCGCCUCGACGCCGGUGCACAUAGCUCAGCCUCCCUUGGUGCCGCCCGACGAGGUGCGACCAGUGUCACGCUCCGACGAGUACCUCGUGACGGUGGUGGUGCCGGCUGUUGUCAUAGCAACCAUGCUGAUCUGCGCCGCUCUGGUCGCCUGCGUCCUGUACCGACGCCGACGCCAGGGCAAGAUGAGCGUCGGCGACGAGGACGAACGACAGAGCUUCCGCAGCAAGGGGAUACCCGUCAUUUUCCAGGAUGAACUCGAGGAGAGACCCGAGCCAACCAACAAGUCGCCGGUGAUAAUGAAAGAGGAGAAACCGCCCCUGCCGCCUCCUGAGUACCAGCGCAACCACCCCGCCCCCACCGCUGCCACCGCUCUCCUGUCGGACACCGAGGACUCCCCCUACCAGCCGCCUCCGCCCUUCACCUCCAGUCGGGAUUCCGCUCGACCCAAGCCCACACCCACCUACAGGAUGCCUCCUCCGUAUGUACCUCCUUAAACACUCAUUCACCUGACCCCCCACUCUUUAUUCUUUUCAAAACUUCUACUCCCUCACGUCUACUAAAUACUACUAGUCCGUUUAUUGAGCUGCAUAUACAAAGAAACUGUUAAGUUGGGUGAUUUACAACUGUUAUCACUGAAUGUUAAUCAAAAAAAUUUCUCCCUCACAUGAAUAUCAUCUAUUAAUAUCAGUUUCUUGAGCUCUUAUACCAGUUAUAGAAUAGACACGCUGAGAAGUC